AUAAAAGAGUAAAAAAUGGACAGGUUAACUAUCCACCACAAUGUUGCAUUUUUGUUAAUUAUUCCCAUAUUUCUGAAAACAUGUCACUGCAAUGCAUUAUCUUUAAUGCAAGGGCAAGAUGCAAACCUGAUUUUCCCAUAUCCAUGUAGCAGUACAUCAGUCACGUUACAAUAUUCAUACAGAAAUCCAUUUUACAUAUCAACAGAUGAAUCACAACCAUCUUCACAGAAAAGUCAGGAGCACAGAUAUAGAGUAGAGUUAACACAUGAUGAGGACAGUCCUAAAGAAUGCUUUGUCAACCUCACAAUUAGCAGUAUCACAAGAGAUGACCAAGGGACAUACAUUCUGUUUGUAUAUAUGGAUAGGGAAAUAUUGGGAGAUGCAACACAGAGGAUUUGGCUAGGAGUUGAUUAUCCUCCAGGAGAAGCAUCGGUCAUCGGAACGGAAGCAAAGGGUGGAAACUGGAUGGCUGUGAAGUUUACAGCUCCGGUUGGAAGCAUUGGAGGAAAGAUAGAAUGUUAUCAAGGUGGUGAAUGGAUGCCUCCGCUCUCUGAACCAACUGAGACUGAUGUGUUAUUGAAACAGACUAUUCUCAUCAGAAAAUCCCACCCUGUAUUUUGCUGUUCUUCUGUUUUCUAUGAAGAAAAAGAUAUCUGUGCAUGCAAUGAUACUGCAUUGUACCUGGAGCCUUCCAGCAGCAAUACGCCAUGCCCAACUGUCCCAAGGAAAAUUCCAAAGGCAACAACCUCUCGGUACAGAAGUCCAGAAGCUGUAGAGAUCACAUUGUCUGUCACCUCUACAAACUACAUCCAAUCAACAUCCACAAAAUCUCAGGAUGCCAGUAAAAAUAUCCAACAUAAUCUGAAAAUUGCAAUCAUAAUUUUGGUAAUUAUUUUGGUCAUAAUGUUAACAAUAAUUGCAAUUUUGCUUUUUAAACUUAGGCAAAAACGCAAUAACAAUAAUAUGGAGUCAUUUGAUGCUUAUAAAUUAAAACAUUGUGGACGUGAUGAUAUUCAAGAAAUUGUAAAACUUAGACUUAAUUCACAAAACACUGCCACCAGUCCAUGA